AUGCUCCAAAUUCAACCGGAUAAGGAUAUCGUCAUAGAAUUUAUAAAGCAGGAAGAUUACAAGUUCGUUUGAAAUUCUAUUGCCGAUCUUUGCGUAGGUAUGCAAGGGCGAUUGGCGCUUUUUAUCUUCGUCUGGUUGGAGAGUCUGCCGAAAUAUACAAAUACUUGGAAACACUUUACAACGACUUCCGGAAGAUUAAAAAACAAGAUAAUUCUGGAAGUACUGAACCUCUUAAGAUCGAUUGUGCCUUUUAGAGUUUUCCCUUAUCCACAUGGAUGAGUUUAUUGAUAGCCUCCUGACAGAGGAGAGAGUAUGUGACGUUAUACUUCCACGUCUACAAAAGAGGUCUGUUCUCGAGGAAGCGAACGUCCUCGAGUCUCGACAAUCUCUUCUCGACGAAGACCUGGAAGACUUGCAGUACAACGAGGAACUGGAUGAAAUAUCGGACGGUGACAUUGAUACUACCAAGGAAAAAAACAAAGGGCGAAAACAUGAGGAUGGCAGGGAUUAUCGUGAGCGAAGUAAAGAUCGCGAUCGCGCAAGAGAACGCCACCAUCGCCGACACCGCGACGAGUCUCCCCAUCUGAAUCAUAGAGAGAGGCGUGACAGGGAGCGUGAUUACGACAGAGAAAGGCGGAAGGACAAGGAAGACAAAGAGCGCAGAGAGAAAGACAAAUCAAGAAGGUAAGUAGAAUACUUUCGUAUGUCAAUCUUCGCUGUUGCUUCUAUAACUGAUGCUUGUUUAUUUCUCUUCCUACAAUAUCUUUCCCUCAUGUGCACUUUUGUGUGAUCGUCACACCUAAAUGUCUUUUGACAACUUUUUAAUGCUUGGCAAUUGAUGGCGACGUUUUCGGUGGAGUACCAUCAGUUACGUGUCUACUAAGUACUUAGGACGAAAUAAAUAAGUUCCGACUCAAUCGGCUGAAUGUCAUAUGUUAUGCACAUUAAAAACUAUUGCAUUCUAUUGCACUCGGCCAGCCACAGACCACUGAGAAGUUGAGCCGGUUCUCGCGCUACCUCGACAGAUGGAAUGCUGCAGAGCCAGAAAUGCACUGGAAGGCGGCUUUUAACACAUCCAUCCACACUUUUUUGGUCAAGUCAGUGCAAUCACCAGCAAGAUCCGGAUGAGAUGAGAUCCAGAACGGUAACGCCCCAAGUUGGCACAACGUGCAGCUGAGCUAUCUCGGUCAGUGAAUAAGGAGGGUGCAGAUGAUGAAGUGGAUUCCUGGCUAGAAACAUAUUUAUUUGCGAUGCGGUCCUCGAUGUUUUAGCGGAUAAUGAAGAGCUGACAUCUUUUAAGUACGGUCAGGCGAUGAAUAUCUUUUGAGCAUGCUGGUCAUGCCUCACGUCCGCGUGGGAGGGUUGUCUCGCAAACCGUCUUGAAUACUCACCGGUUAGUUUUUUGACAGAUGACAUGCCGAUUCCGGAGCUUCCGACGAAGUUGGACGAAGGUAUUCCCUGCCCGGUUGGUCCGAUGACUGAUUUUACUCUUGGUUAGUUGACAGGACGCUCGAUCGAAAACUACUAAUUCGAACUAUUUCAAGAGCAUCCUAGGCAAAAAUGAGCAAGCAAAUAUAAUCGAUCACGAAGCCCCAGACAAUCAUCAUUGUCAUCAAGUUGGUUUCGAGUUUCUUUCCGUCUGCCUUCACACGAUGCUUAUUUACAAACCAGCCUCCUAGUAUCGUAACGCCAUUCAUGCGAUCAAGACCUGUGAUACACGAAUCAAAGCCGUGCGUAUCACAGCCUGCUGCGAAGUUGAACAGAGCUGGUAAACACCAGAAACCACUAUCUUCUGUCCAAACGAAGCCGGAUUCUUGUUUGCGAUGGAGGUCUUGAAUCAUUCGACGUCGCUUCAGUGGCACAUCAUCAUGCAUCCUCAGCCACAGGAAAUCCCGAUGGACGGAGUCAAGUGCAUAGGCAAAAUCAACAAAACAGUCUAGAAGUGACUGCCGACGAGUUGGGGCAUGUUACCCAACUCAUUUUCGAAACUGUCUAAAGUUGAACUGCUAUUCGCGUCUGGUGCAUUGCUUUGAAGAAGACGACUGAGAAAACGGGCGGAAAUGAGACCAUAGUGCCUAUGCUCAGUGUCGACUUUAUUAAGGACCAAACCAGCGAGAGUUUGACUCAAUUCAGUUCGCACUGUCUUUUUUCCAAAUUAUCUCCGGAAAGCUGUACAACUGGUUUGGUAAUUACUGUCGACCAGUAUACUCAAAUUCUCACUGGAAGGGAAUCACAAUCAUCAGAUUUCCAGGGCUCAGUCCAGCUUAGAAAAAAAGUACAACAGUCGGGGGCGUUCACUCUAUACGAAAACCUGUUGAUGGUCUGCGCCACGGACACGCAGUAGGUUCAAGGUCUGCGCGAGUGGCGGCAUGUGUGUUAUAAGCCGGAGUCAGCGAUCAUUUGCUUGAUGAAUUGAUUGAAUGGCGUCAGAGUUGGCAGAGGCCUGUUUUUGGCAGUUCAGGAGGUUGCGCAUGUGUCAUCCGCUCGAAGCCUGCGAUCACACGAUUACUGGUGCGGUGCGUGUGCGUCAAGAACGGGAGACAUGCGCUCACGAGGUGCCUAAAAUUUGGUGUGAUUGUGCCUUUCGACUCAUUAAGUUCGGGCAAUGCAGAGCGUGCUGUCCCGCGGUUCUGUUUGAUACGAAGACGAACGGUCUGUCCAAUAGUUUUGACAGGAAUUCAAUCCUUGAAAUGACACCAACACCAUCUUGGAGGUAGUCUGGAGACCGCUCCACUUCAUGCCGACCGCUAGCAGCUGGAUGCCCAUCAGAUGCGGCUAUCCUUCGCGUUUAGAGACGACUAAAGGAGGUAGUUAGAUCCUCGGGGUGUUCGUCAUAGAAUUCCCCCCUCAAGUCAUGCCAUCUCGAGAGGGAUUUGGGCCAUUACUUGCGUUAUAGCCGGUCCCUCAUAACUCCAUGCCGCAUUCCCUCCUCAUUGCCGUUUUCGGCACUACUCAUUGUCCGCCGGUCUGCCUUAGUGUCGAUCCAACGCGCCUGGACGAGUGCAUAGCUAGUGCGUUUUCAAAUGUGGCCGUCAUUUGAGUAUUACUUAAGUAAAUUUCUCCUGGGUCCUUGAACCAAAUAUUUUGAAUCACCAACUAAUUCAUCUGCAUAUAGUGGUGGGGCAUACACUGCAGCAACUCUGACAUUGACGGUAGUACAAAGCUGCACGAGAACGGUCGUCAUUAUCGUCGACUUCCAACACAUAAAUGGAUCUGGAUCUCCUGGGGAGGCAGCGUCAUCAUGUCGACCUGAAGGGUCAGUGAAAACGUGGUCUUAAUGGGAGGUCCUCCGAGAGCCUGACUCUUCAGUGUUGUGUCAACCAGGAUUUGGCAAGUCCUCCUCGAAGAAGUAGACAAUGUUCCUAUUGCACGACAGGGAUGUUGACGUAGUUAGGCUCGACGUCAUGGAUGCAGUAAGCAUGUUCAAGUUCCAACAUGCGGUGCAAAGUUCUUUCAUUUUCGCUUUCUAGAGAGGUGAACUGUCAUUUUCCUCAUUUGACUCACUGUCAAAAGUCCAAGGAUACCGCGACAUCAAUCGCAAUUCGUAAUUCGAAAGAGCACCUUUUCCGCGUGUUCACUGUUUGGUGGAAGUUGGGCCUCCCAAUCCUCAAUUCAGCCUUUGGAUGUCCAUCCCGCAAGACAACAGUGAGAAGAACUUAUCUCACGAAUGGAGGCGAACGUUCGGGUUCUACUUGUAUGUACGAGUGCGGCAGAAGAUCGAUCGAGCACCGGAACAAUUUGUGUAUUAGUCUGGAAUUUUGAACUUGUGCAGAAGUCCAUCACCAGAUACAGUAGCAGCUGCAAAGCAGGCGACAGUUAUAGGAGGUGCUGGCUGAUUAGUGAUCAAUGACAUAGGUCCAGAGACGGCUGCGCAGGGCCCUGUAUGCCGGCACUAGAUCGACACCGAUUGACGGGGUUCCCCGCCGAGAACCAGGUUUCAGUCAGUUACCGACUUGUCUUGUUUCCAUCGUGGGCGGCUAUCUUAGUGUCUACGGAGUUAAACUGACGACCCGUUUCGCAGGUGUGGGCAGCCACUUACAGCAAUUUGUCGCCCCGUCACACAGCCAGCUUCUGUUCAUUCAUGCGCAGUCUGAGCAUGCGUUCAGUCUGACCUGUGCAAUUAAGAGGGCAACUUAGGCACAGGAUGCUAUACAUUACCCCAAACUGCCCCUUGGAAUUUAAUCGGUCUUCGAUUUUCACGACCUUGUUCUGCAUAUAUGCUUUGGGCCGGUGUGCAAUUCCAACACCAGGUCCCGCAGCAAUGCGCUUUAUUGUUUCUGCGACGUAGUUACUGUAUGAAAGAGCACUCCUUAUCCUGGGUGGUGUCUCAGUUUGGGUCCUCCGGGGCGAACUUGUAGGAAUUGGCCGUGGAGAUAUUAGGCCUCACGGGCUCCCCCACCGUGUUGCUGCAAUGAAUCUGGAUUUGCUUGAAGAGCGUCUUCAUACAGCCUCAUUUGUGGGCCACCGGAUUGUUGCUGUGAAAACUGAGAAGUUGUGUGGUGUUUACCACCUUCAUGUAAGCCGUCGUCUCAAUUUCACCCUUAAGACAUCGCCUGACAAGCAGAUCAAGGAGUGACAGUUGCUGCCCAUGUUCUUCAUUCCUCGUGUUGGGGAAGAUUGUGUUGAGCCUGGAGCACAGACGCAUACGCUUAAUCAACACCGAAUCAAAUAACCAAACGCAGAGCAUACAGCGAUGAAAUCGGUUGUUUUGCUGAAAACAAGUCUCAGCCCUACCACCCACCCUCGUUAACAAGACCGCUGGGCUGUUUGUCCUUUCCAGAUCUGACCAUCACGGUCGAUUUUUUAAAAUCACGUUGAUCAUGCUUUUGCAGCCGUGCGUAUGGAGAGACGACGUCACAAAUGCAUUCUCCCUUAGACCUAUUGAGGGCGUAACUGAACCAUCUAAGAUAGCAAGCCAUUCGUUCCCACCAGGUAUGUACGAUCGAUUGAGGAGUCCCAUAUUCUAGAUGUACAUGAGACAAAACCGUAGUGUUCUCUCGGGGCUCCAGUUUCCGAGCACACCCGGCGGUCUUCGCGUAAAAGAGGAGGACUUUGACCGUGGCGUAAUGCGGUCGAGCCACGUGACAAAAUCAUGACACUUUCAAAAUCGACAAAAAGCUGCACGUGAGUACUGUUCGGCAGUUCAUUUGCCGAUCUUGACCCGUCGAUGGCAACAAGUAAACGAGGUGGAUAGUGUUUGAGGACCUCCGACCUUUCGCCAUCCAAUAGGAGUCAUUGUCCACGGUGUGAAUCUGCCGAACAGCAGUCGUUAUUGACAGGCAUUCGCUUUGUACCUCAAGUUCGAAUUGAUGUUCCCUCGAGUUUAUAGUAUGCGUUAGCCGAGCUCGUGAGUUUCGAGGACAUCUCGUGAACCUUCAUAACCUCUCGGCGGUAUCUACGCCAAGGAAACAGAUAAUCCUCUCUCAGAAAUAAUGUCUCUGUUUUAGGGUUAAUCGCUAAGUGAGUAUUUAGUCGACAUGGCUUCCACGAUGGCGCAGACUUCCCAAGUUUAUCCUUGUCCAUACCUUCCUGACUGAGCGAAAGCAGUUCAGGAAGACAUUAGCGGGGAUCUUUGCGGCAACAUAGAUCAAGUAGAUUCCUCUGUAGUUUAGAUAUUCCAGAUUGUCCUCCCUCUAAGGGAAGUGGUGCAGAACGGCAUUACUCUAAUUUCGUAGCGCAGAUCCAGCGUACCACAUUUGCGGAAGUAACUCGCCAAGCUUCUCCGAAAGGACGUAAAAAUAAACCUCGUUGAUUUCACUGUGAUUAAUUGCCCAGCUUAUCCUUGAGCGGACAGCUUAACAGCGCCGGAAGAUGCAAUGGCUGACCUAGGUCCCGCGAGUCUCCUUUAUCUUAACUCUACCGCUUCAGCGACCACUUUUAGCAUUAUCACAGCCGCAGCACUUUAUAAUCGGACGUUGCGACAGAUUGAAUAACAGAAAGUCAGAGAAAGACCCGUUUGCACCCGUUUCUCGCCCGUGAGCAAACUACGCUUUCCAAUUGUACGCCAGGAACGCGAUCAUAAAGACACAUUAUAGGUUUUCACAGCUGACCAUACAUACGGUCAACAUAGUGCACUGUUGGCCUAUGUGGACGGAGUUAGUGAGGCCGUGACCUCCGAAUGGUAGAGGCGCGUUAAUCGUGUUCAAUUCAGUCCGUGAGUCCUGACUACCGGGUUGUGACGUGAGUUUUGCGCAUUAAAAGUCCACAGAUUAGCAAAGUAGACCUGACUUGACCUUCCGGAUAGGACCGUCUAAACCGUCCUCGUAGCCGGCUCAAAAUUGCGCUCGGUUGCGCAGCCGAGCCCCUGCCGUCUGCUGAACACUUCACUAAAUGCCAUUUUUCCUCAUCAGACGCUGGAUAAGGGAAGGGGUGGGACAACCUGUCCGAAUUUCACUCCGUGUUAAUUAAUCACCCUAGUUAGUUGCGGGUUCAAUUAGGAAACAAGUGUGUCUGGUGCGCAUUCUCGUCGUUUGCUUAGUGUUAAAGUCUUCCGUUUAUUCACAAUGUUGGGCUGAUUCCCACUUUCAUCGAGCUCACAAAAUUGGGCGCAUUUAGUUUAUUAUAUUUGAGGGUAGCGGACACUGCCCUGGAAAACCGCAAUGCCCGCCCGCAGAAGAACUAAGCAUAAUUAAAGUUAGGCUACUGAAGACAUUUCAGUAGACGCACGUGUCGCGAUUUAAAAACACACGGUGGAUUUCGGAAUUUCCUCAGUACUACCCCCCUUGCCUAGGCGCAUAAUUGAAGCACUCGUGCGAGGGUCACAGGGACCAGUUAGUGCCGGCGCAGCGGUGUAAAGUGGUAGGUUAUUCACCGUUGGCCUUCCCUAGAUUUCUAGGUAUCAGUGCUUGCGCGGGGACUCAACUGCCCUGUCGACCGUAACACUGCAGUUAAAAACAAUGCCUCUCCUCCAGCAGUGCAUAUAGAAACCAUCUUAGUAUCUACCUGCACAAUGCCUAGCCCGUCCCCUUACUUUUACCUUCCAAAUCUAUUCCAAUUGAUAUUUGUGAAGGUUUGUUCUUCAGUAAGUCCUAGGCAUUAGAUUUCAACCCAUCGCACGAACACGCUUCAGUUCGCAAAGUCAGUAACACAGGCUAAAUCUGCUGCGCGCACAUUAAACCGCAAGUUUUCCUUUGCAACCUCUGUUAAAGAUUACGGCCGGCACUACCUCCUCCCUCCCCCCUCCAACUGGUACCUUUUAGACGCAGUCGUAGCCGUUCGGCGGAUCGAGCACGGGACCGCGGCCGGCGGGCGGAACGCGAAUAUUCCCCAGGUAAGGAGACCUUUCAAAACAAACGAUUCCCCUCUUUAGAUAAAUACAGGAACGGCCGGGAUCGGGAGCGCGGAUAUCGGCACUGA